CUUCGCUCUGGGAACUUGUUCCGUCACCGAAUGCUCCGGGCUGGCCGCUUUCACCCUCUUGAUAUUGGGUGGGCGGCAUCUCGGGGCCCACAUGAGCCAAUGGCAUCGUACCCGCGGUGGCUGGGGUCUGGGACGCCACUUUUCUGGACGCUCCUCGGCUAAGAAGAAGGGCGCGGGCGGAAACCACAUCCCCGAAAGGUGGAAAGACUAUCUCCCAGUUGGACAGCGGAUGCCUGGAACUCGGUUCAUUGCUUUCAAAGUUCCUUUGCAAAAGAGUUUUGAAGAGAAACUUGCUCCGGAAGAACGCUUUUCCCCUUUGGAUCUUUUUAACAAAAUCCGAGAACAAAAUGAAGAACUAGGACUGAUAAUUGAUUUAACAUAUACUCAACGGUAUUAUAAGCCAGAGGAUUUACCAGAAACUAUUCCUUACUUGAAAAUUUUUACAGUUGGGCAUCGGGUGCCUGAUGAUGACACUAUUUUAAAAUUCAAAUGUGCUGUUAAUGGGUUUUUGAAAGAAAAUAAAGAUAAUGACAAACUUAUUGGCGUCCACUGUACACAUGGUUUAAACAGGACUGGCUACCUCAUCUGCAGAUAUUUGAUUGAUGUAGAAGGCAUGAGGCCAGAUGAUGCAAUUGAAUUGUUCAACAGGUGCCGGGGACAUUGUUUAGAAAGACAAAACUACAUUGAAGACCUUCAGAAUGGAUCUAUCAGAAAGAACCGGAAUUCCAUUGUUUCCAGCUCAAGUGAUUUUGAAGAGUCAGCACAUCUCAUGGAACCAGUCCAUACCACUAAUAAGUCUAUUAACCGAGGACCGAGGUAUUACCUACAUCGGAUCCAAGAUUACCCAGGGCCUUCUCAGCAUUUCCACACCCACACCCCCAAUUUGCAACAGUCAGUCAGAAAAUUUUCACAGAAUCGGGAUGUUUCCCAGAGAGGCUAUAUCCGUCCUCCUGGUCCCCCUGGAGAGGACUAUUCUCAAAGGAGAUAUUCUUGGAAUGUGAAGCCAAAUGCCCGUCAAGCAGCCCAGAAUAAAAGAGAUGCAAAAGCUCUUCUUACUAAAAAGGCUGCGGUUGUUCCCCAUGGUAUAUCAUGAAGGCUCACCUGGGAAGAAACUGGAGCAAGACAACUGGUUAGACAAAACAGAACAAGCAGGGGCAGGUAUGGGAAUCCAGCUACUCUUAAUAGUUUUAAAGAACCCUCUGGCAAGCAGCUUCUAAGGAGGACACUGCCAGCAGAAGUGCCACCAUAUAAACACUACCACCUUCAAAAAAUUAUUCUUGACCCUUUUGUCCCCUCUAUGUCCUCCCCAAUUCAGUUAUCAAUGUGGCUUGUUAAAAAACUAGUCACAUUUGAUAUCUCGUGUCUCAUUUAUUCUUCAACACGCUGGUUCUGGCUUCUGCUCACACCACACCACUGAAAGUCCUCUGGCUAAAGAGACCAGCUGCUCCCUUUUCUAAAAGGUCUUUAGUAGUCUAUUUAGGCUUCUAAAAUUUUUAUUUUUAUUAAAUAACAUAUAUGAGUAGUUUAAAAUUGAAAUAGGUCUACUGAGAUUACCAUGAAAAAGAGCAGUCCCCCACCUCGACCCCUGAUUAUCAUUUCCCAAAGGCAACUACUUUAAGUAUUUUUGCAUUACCUUCUGUAUUUGCCUGCAUAUUUAAAUAAUAUGCUUAUAUUGCCACUUUUUGAUUUUUCAAUUUGCAAUAGUAUCUGUUGACUGCCUACUAUAGUAGAUAAGGAUUUAGCUCUUUCACAAUAUCUACCCAUACCACGUUGUUUCCCACUUUUCAUUAAAUCAGUAGUCUAAGUUUAUGUUAUUUACUAGGUAAAAAUUCAUCACAAGCCAUAGUGUACCAUGAUUAUGUUUCCUUUCUUAUACUCCUUCCCCUGCCCCCCCGCCCCCACUUAUUUUUGCCUAGUUUGUUUGCCUCUUUUCCUAUGGACCUGCCUCUUUUCCUGUGGAUCUAUCACUAAGUCAUUCUCAAAAUCUCUAACAGCAUUAUAAAAUUUCUCUUAAUAUGAGAAAAUACAUCAGAUUCUUUUUUGUUUUAAGUCUUUCCUGGACCCCUCUUAACCUGUUCCAGGUUGGGUGCUGUAUUAGUUUGCUAGGGCUGCAAUAAGUAAGUACCACAGACUGGCUAUCGUAAAAUAACUGAAGUUUAUUUUCUCAAAAUUCUGGAGACUAGAAGUCCAAGAUCAGCAGGGUUGGUUUCUUCUGAGGCCUCUCUUCUUGUCUUGUCGAUGGACAUCUUCUCCCUGUGUCUUCACAUGGUCUUCCUCCUGUGUUUGUGUCCAAAUUUUCCUUUUAUAAGGAUGCCAGUCAUAUAGGAUUAGGGCCCACCCUAAUGACCUUAUUUUAACAUUAUUCGCCUCCUUAAAGACUCUAUCUCCAGAUACAGUCACAUUCUGAGAUAGUGGGUGUUAGGAUUUCAACAUAUGAAUUUGGGGCGCAGGGGUACAGAACUCUGCCUAAAACAGCACAGUCGUUGUUCUCUAGACCUAGAGCAUAGCUCCUGCCAGGGAUUUCUCUUCACUUUCACUCUAGUAAUUUCUUAUGCACCCCCUCCUCUCUCUUGGAUCCCAUCAGCUGCUGCUUUUGUGAUUUACUUCCCUGUUUGGUGAAGUAUCCCCUUAGUAGCUUCACUAGGAAGAUCAAUGCGAUAUAAUUUUUCAAGACUGUUGCAUGUCUGAAAUAGGUUUAUUUUAAUCUUUGACUGCAUUAAUAGUUUGAAAGCCUAUAGAAUUGUAGGUAAGCACUUUUAAAUGCAUUAUUGUUGUAGAUUUCAUUGUUGCUGUUGAAGUCCUGUGAUGUUCUGAUUCCAGAACUUUUGUUUGUGACUUAUAAUUUUUCUCCCAGGAAGCUUUAAGAUCAGGUGUUCUGAAAUCUCAUGCUGUAGUGUGGGUAUUUUUGUAUUCAUAAUUCUAGUACUUAAUGAGAUCUUUUAAUCUAGCAAGUUAUGUGCUUUAGUU